AUGUGGGCUUUCUUUCUUACAGUUAAUACGGACAAUAAUGCCAAGAGAGAUGCUAAUGGACCCGCAUUACUGAAAACCCUGCGAAAUAUUGAAAGAUUGCUUAAAUUUGGUAAGUAAAUUCAUGCAAAACUAAUCUCAAUUCAAGUCCAUCCCGUGAAAGGUUUUUUGAUUUUUACAAAAAAGUAUCGUCUUUUUCAUUUUUUUUCAUCUCUAAAAGGCCCGUGUCCUAGUGGCUGGAUGCAUUUCAAAAGUGGUUAUUGUUACUUUGUGAGUAGCGCUAUUAAGACUUGGCACAAGGCCCAAGCGUAUUGCAAAAGACUAGGAGGAGAGCUGGUAAACAUAAACAGCAACGAAGAAAACGAAUUUGUAUUAAAGCUGGUCCAUGAACACGAGCCAUCGUUGAAACAGGUUUGGAUCGGUCUUAAGUGGGUAACAAGCCAAUUUAUCUGGUCUGACGAUUCGGUUCCGAAUUACACGAAAUGGGCGUCAGGUGAACCGAAUGGAAAAGCCAGUGAACCAUGCAGCAACAUGUGGAUUAAACAUCUAACCGCCCCAGGAAUUAAUGGCUACUGGAAUGACCUCUCCUGUUGGCAUCCAACGUACCCUUGUGGUAUAGUCUGCAAGAGGCUGCCCUAG